CCCCCAGCAGGCAACAGAGAUAGCGGCGAGGGGAGCAAUCCAGAACAGGGAUUCAAACCCAAAACCCUAAACCAACUCCUCCCCCCACUCGCCGGCAUGGCCCCGAAGCGCCCGGCCGCCGCCGCCGAUGCUGCGGCGGGGUCAGGCUCCGACGCCUCCGACGGCGGGGCGGGCGACGUCCGCUACAGCCGCCGCCGCCGCCGCCGCAACUCCCCGUCCCCGAUCCCCUCCCGCUCGCCGUCCCGGUCCCGAUCCCGAUCCCGCUCCAAGACCCCUCCCCCCAACCUCCGCCCCAACGCCGCCGCGCUCUCCUCCACCCCCACCUCCGCGGGGGCCGACUUCGUGGCCGCAUCCGACUCCGAUGCCGAUGCAGGCGGCGGUCGCGGCCGCGUCUCGUCCCCUAGGCGCAGGGACCGCAAGGGUGCCCCCCGCGACCGCCUCGACUCCGAUGCGGACGCCGACGCUAGCGCCGGCGGCCGCGCCCCAUCCCCGAGGCGCCGCCGCAAGCGCUCCCCCAGCUUCCACUCCGACUCGGACGCCGACGCCGGCGGCCGCGUGCCGUCCCCGAGGCGCAACCGCGAGCGCACCCCCCGCCUCCACUCCGACUCCGACUCCGACAACUCCGCGGCGGCCGCCGGCUCCGAGGACGACGGCGCCGGCGCGGGCGACGCCUCGUCGUUGCCCCGCGCGCGUCGUUCCUCCCGCAUCGAGACCUCCAACAUCAAGCCCGUCAGCACGCGCCCGAUGGAGGCGCCCCGCCGCGCCCCCGCCGGGUCCUCCCAGCGCCGCUCCAAGCGCCGCCACAGCUCCCCGGGGCGGGCCUCCCCGGAGCAUCAGAAGCGCCCUCCCCGGGUUUGGAGCCCUGAAGACGAGAUCACCAUACUGAGUGCCCUCGUUGAGUACCGUGCCAAGAAAGGCCAGCUCCCGGCGUCGAUUCAGGACACAGGCAAGGUACACAGCCAGAUUAGUGGUCAGCUCACUGCUAAUGCGUCCACUACCCAGCUUAGUGAUAAGGUUAGGCGCCUGAAGCAUAAGUACAAGUUGCUGUUCACCCGUGCAAGGAAUGGACGGGAUCCUGACUUGCCAACGCAGCAUGAGCGUGAUGUCUAUGAACUUAGCAAGAAAGUGUGGGGAUUUAAGAGUGGUGAUAUCUUAGGAGGAUCUCAUGCGUAUGAGGAUACUGGAGAUGCGGAGAGCAAUGAGGAGCAGGAGAUUGAAGAGAGUGAUGAUGCUAUGGAGAAUGGGUGGGAGCACCAUGAACGGCCGGGCAAGAAACCAAAGGCAUUUAGAUUUGAAAAUGGCAAUGGCAAUGCACUUGCGGCUGUGGGUAGGGCUAGCCAUGGCAAUGGUAGUGGGAGAGAUGAUGCUGAGAAGGGAAAACAAAUGUACCCUUACCUGUGGGAGGCUGUUGCGGAGCUAUCGAAGGAGCACCCGAGCGGACCAAUAUUCAGAAAGGCGUUUGGUGUACUUGAGAAGUCAAAGGCACAAGCUAUGGAGGAGAAGCUGCGGAAGUUCAGAAUGUCAGAGAUAAGGCAACAGCUGCAUCGGAUGGACCUGAUGAAGGAGACAAUGCGGAUGGUGCUUGAUGCACUGGAGGGUUCAUACUGAUUAGGUUGAAUUUGACGAACUGCUGGAUUCUGGAAUCUGUGGUUCGGUGAGUAUGUUGCUCAAAAAGGGGGACCUAAGUCUUCCAGUUGCCUAGAAUAGUCUUGGUCUAAUGUUAUGGAUAUAUGGUUCGUUGUUCUACUUUUGUGGCGAAGGAUAUGAUGUCCUUGAUCCCAACUAAACCUAGAUCAAGGAGUUAUGAACGCUACUUGUUAUCCACCCAAAAAGGUUAUGCUUUAUGUGCUUAGGUGCUAACUUAUGCCUAUUUGUCAUGUUGCUGCUGCUAUGUUUCUGUUUAAUGUUAAUUACAUCUUUGGCUAUA